GUCGACGCCGAUUAUGAACGCUGUCUAGAGCGGUCCAUUUUCUUAUAAGUGGUGUACGUAAAUGGUCUUAUAAAGUUGUUCGUGUCGUUUAGAUGUGGCGCUGCAGCAUUUGGCUCAGAGCCACCCAGAGAGGUGUCUCGCUGGUGUCCGGCAGCAAUUCACUGUCGUGUCGUGUUUAGUGCUCGGUCCCGAAGGUUGCAACUUAUUCAUCUACCAUCUGCCGCAAGAGUUUGGCGAUGCCGAACUCAUUCAGAUGUUCGCGCCUUUCGGAAAUGUGAUUUCGGCCAAGGUAUUUGUGGACCGAGCCACCAACCAGAGCAAAUGCUUCGGAUUCGUGUCGUACGAUUCGUUGGCGGCUUCACAGGCCGCAAUCGCAGCGAUGAACGGCUUCCAGAUUGGCAUGAAGCGCCUCAAGGUGCAAUUGAAGAGACCGCGUCAGGACCGGCCAUACUAG